UCUCUCAGCGUGAAAAAAAGAGAAUCAGUAGCGUGCGAUCGAGCACAGGUAUGAAGCGGGGUUGGGGCUAGGAAACUCCAUCAGCGCACGCAACCGGUGCUCUUCAGAGCGUCGCUCGGAGCAGUCCCUAUUUAAGGAUCAGAUGUGGAAGCUAAUCCGGUUGCUUCAACCUUUGCCAGACCGUUCAGACCUCCAGGAUUCAUUUCCGGUCACCUACACGAGAACCGUGCCUGUACCAGUGCCCGCUCCUUGUCCGGCUCAUUUUCCUGUACCGGUACCACAUCCAAACGCUGUGCCCCAUCCGGCGGUUGAAUCGGCGCCUGUCCCAACGCUUUCCAUCACAUAAAAAAACCCAUUUGAUACGCAAAUAAAAUCACUAAAAUAAAAAUAAAAUGUUUUUAUAUUUUGCCGAAAUCUCGAUUUGUUCUAACCGAAUAUCUCGGUUAAACGUAAACGUCAAAACAAAAUGACAUUAACCGAGAUGUCGGCAACAGAAAUUUAACCGAGAUCUUUGCCGAGAUCUCAGUUGUGCAG